AUGGUAAAAUUUGCGUCCUUCGUGCUGGCGAGUAAGAAAAGGAUAACAUCGGUGAACAUUUUAGAGGGAGCCUUGGCAUACUACGUGGUGAGCAGGCUAAGUAGACUCCUCUUUGCUGAAGCGCGCACAAAUUAUGAAAUAGAAAUUUGCUCAUGUGAUGAAUUAAGUGUGAACAAUCUAUUUCACUCCAAGGUUAUUCAUUUGGGGGGAGUGGAUAAGGAUGAGGAGCUGACGAGAUUUUUUCGGACAGUUGUGUUGCAAGAGGGACAACAAAAUUCGUCAGCCAAUUUAGAGGAAGAUGCACCCCUGGAGGAACAACCUCACUUGUGCAAAAAUUGCAGAUGUACAAAUCAAAAUUGCAGAUGUACAAAUCAAAAUUGCAGAUGUACAAAUCAAAAUUGCGGAUGCACAAAUCAAAAUUGCAGCGGAUGGAAUGUCUUCAUUUUAAAAAUUUUAUUUCUCCUAUAUACUAAUGGGAGGGGAAGGGAGAAGAAGUAUUUUGGCGAAUUCGCCUCGUAUGUUAUAUCACUCUUUCAUCGAGAAAAUAGAGUUAUCAAAAGGAAGGACAAAUUAUUUUUUCUGUUUUUGUUUUUUCUCUUAUUCACAAAGACGGAUCCAUGGAAGGGAAGAAGACGCCACGUAGGGGAACGCUGUUCCCAGUUUGCCACACAGGUAGACAGAAAAAAAAAAAAAAAAAAAAAAAAAAAAACCAAUGACUGCAAAGCUUUCUAUGGACAACUGAGGAGAAGACGAUGUGACAAGCUGACACUUCGAGCUGCACACAAGUUUCUUCGCAGCGGUUUAUGCCAUGUCCAUCUCAUCGAUGAGGAUGCCAAUGCGCAGUUCCCCGCAGGAGACGACAAAAAAAGAGUUCUAAUUUUUUGUAAAAAGUCUCUUCGCUACCUCAGUGAGGUGUGUUCCAAUUGGAAAUGUCGGAAAAAUUGUGUAAGCAGUGUUAGCUACCUGAACAAGUCAAGUGAAUUUACAGGGAAAGCAAAAAAACUCUUGACCAUUGAAAAACACGAACGGUUAAAGAAUUCACCCCUUUGGAAAUUUCUGCACAAAAUGAACCACAAGAGGGCGUGCCGUUGUGAAUCUCCUGCGGAAAGAAAAAAGUGUACAAACACGAACACCUCAAUGGAGAGACGACAGAAGGAAGAGGGGAACUCCUGUGAAGGGAAGUCUAACCAAGAUGGACAGAAGAAUGUACAUCUAUGCAAUUUACCCCCAUGCCAAGACACAUACUUCACCUUAACCUGCGUAUGCAUAUGCCUGUUAUGCAACACCAAUUGCUACAAUCACUACUACCAUCUGGUGAGUGUGCUUAGGCAAAGGAGAAGCUUCCACUUACACGAACGGGUGAACCACUUCAUCAACGAGUUAGCCAAGGUGGACGCCAAGUGUCAGCAUGUCUGGAACAUGAAAAAUUCCCUCCUCUACCUGUACCUGGAUAUGUGCCUCAAGAGAGAUCAUCAAGUUGUGAACAAAAGGGCCCGAAAGAAGGAUGGGCAAUGUUUAAGUCGAAUCGCCCUUUCAACCGACUGUAAGGAUGUGCCCACACAAGGUUUAUCAUCCGAAGCACCCUCAAAUUGGAUGCACAUAGAAAGCAAAAAAAAAACGCAUGCAUCUUCAAAGGAGCAAAUUUUAAAGUACGUGAAGGAAGAAUUCCAAUUUUUUGAUAAAAUUUUGGAGAUCAAGUCGUACAACUACAUGGCCACAUCUCACGUCUGUACAUUUAAUCAGCUUAUUGGUUUUCUGUGCGUGAAAAAGAAGAACAGUACUUGUGAGAGUACCGCAAUUAGCAAAACGAUAGAGCAACAGUUUAACACAGUUGUUAGGAAAAAUGCCUACUACUACGCCAUGCACAAUUCGUUCCUUAUGAUCCAUCUGCAGGAUAUGUAUCUCUCUCUGGUGGAGUGGUUAAGGAGCCGAUACUGCGUUGUCGUACGGGCAAACCUAUUCACGUAUUGUUUAGAUUUGGUCAGAGGGUAUCAACUGUGCAGUGACACGUGGUGGGAGAUGGUGAAAGGAGGGAUGCACACAACUAAAAACCAUCGCAGCGAUGGUCCACAAGAUGGGGGGGAGGGACCCAUACAAACAAUGUCCAACCCGAUGGAGAAGAUCAUCAACAUGCAAGAGGCUCAUAUGGGGUACCUUCCCGAGGGAAUUUGCUUUUCCCACCACAAAAGUACAUACCUCGAGUUUAUCCUCUUUGAAAGAGGCAGGAAAAAAAAUAAUAAAGAGACAGAAAAAAAUUAUGAUCAGUUCAGAAAAUUUACGCCUCAAAUAUUUUACAAAAAAUUGAAAAGAAAAAUGGAAAAAUAUAAAGUUCAUUCCAGACACAUGCUGCAUCUGUUGGACAAAUUAUAUAGCGAAAAAAUCUACAUACAUUUUUAUUCCAAUGGACUAAGGAACGUGCUUUAUUGCCGAUGCAACUGUAACUUUUUUUUCCUCGAGGUGGUCUGCAAUGUAAUUUUACCGCUCCACCUGAAGAGGCGCAUUGGACAGAAGAAUAAUUCACCAAUUGGGGGUAGCCAUGAAUGGAAAGGAACAUUCGCUUUGGAAAAAAAAAAAAAAAAAACACAGGAAGAAAUAUCAAAACUGCUGCGCUCUCUAGAUCAUUAUCUCGCCAGAGAAUUGAAAUAUCUCUUCCAUGAGUACACUCGUUUUAGAGUAAAAUAUAGUGGAAAAAAAGAAAACAAUUUCACCAAGAGGGUUAGCAGACUGCUCAAAGGGUAUGCACACGUUCGUAAUACGUGGUAUUACCCCCGCCCAUCGGCAGAAGGGGGCAUUAAAACGAAAAGGAAAGGAUGGAUUGCAAAUGGGUUACCCAGCAUUCGUGAGCCCGGCGUGGAUGAUGCCUCUUCAUACCCCAGAAAGGAAAAGACGAAACAAAAAGGUGAUGAUGCCACGUGUCCUCCCGUUCUGGUAAGUUAUUAUGGUAUUUUUUUCAAGUGUAUAAUUUACACCAUACAUGAAUACGCUUUGCAGAUAUGUGGGGUGGUACGCUGGUGGUUCACAAAAAUCCUAUCGUCAUUUGUUGAUUCAGAACACUUGGAGCAUCUCAGAUUUUUCCACCACCUGCUUCCUUCAUUUGAGCGAACAAAACAAAGCAGUGGAUCAGUCCUCCAUGACGAACUAAACCUUAACGAUAAUUUACAAACCUUGCGCAAAAUAUACCUAGACAUAUUACAGUUUUUUAAAGGCACGAAAAUGGAAAAUUGGAAGGAAAGGGACAUCCCUUUUGGUCACUUGGCGAACGGACAGUCCGAGAUGUCACCUAGGAGAGGUUCAAACGAAAUUCCCUUUUUGAAAUUCCUUUUUUCUGCUAAUUUCCACCUCUUCUUGUGUGAACAUAGGUACGCGCUUUACCUCCUACGGGAGGUUCGCCGGGAUCUCCACUUCGUCUUUCCUCGGGUAAAGCGUAUGGUUAUGCGGCGGGGUAGUCCUCUUUGGAAAGGGCCAAGCUGA